UCUCCGUUACUUUCGAAUAACUCCAAGGCUUAAAAGGUUAUAUAUGUCAACGAAGACAGCAUUUGAUAUGAGAUGGCAUGAUGCAAAGCGAAUUGAUGAUGGGUAUUUACGUCAUUCAGCUGACUCAGAAGCAUGGAAAUCAUUUGAUGAGUUACAUAAGUCCUUUUCUGAUGAACCUAGAAAUGUAAGGCUUGGAUUAGCAAGUGAUGGGUUUAACCCCUUUGGAAAUAUGAGUACUACAUAUAGUGUUUGACCUGUGGUACUUAUACCAUAUAACUUGCCACCUUGAAAAUGCAUGAAGGAUCCUUAUCUAAUGUUAUCAUUGCUGAUACCGGGUUUAAAAUCUCCAGGAAAGGCAAUAGAUACAUAUCUAAGGCCUUUAAUUGAAGAAUUAAAAGAAUUAUGGAAUGUAGGAGUUGAUACCUUUGAUGCAUAUGAAAAAAAAAAUUUUAAAAUGCGUGCAACUAUAUUAUAGACAGUAAAUGACUUUCCAGCAUAUGGAGAUCUAUCUGGAUGGAAUACGAGAGGGGCACUUCGUUGCCCCACUUGUAAUGUUGAGACUCAAUCUAAGUUUCUUACUAAUGGAAAGAAAUUUUGCUUCCUAGAUCAUCGACACUUCUUGCCAAUUAGACAUAGAUGGCGACGUGAAAAAGAAUUGUUUGAUGGCACAAAAGAACUUAGGCGUCUUCCCAAGCAACUCUCUGGUGAUGAUAUUCUUCAACAAAUUUUUAACUUAGAAGGCUUAGUAGUUAGUAAUCAUAAAGAUAUUAAAAAAGGAAGAGAAGUGCAGCAGGAAAAGAAAUGGGAAGUUCCAAUCCAUGGUUGAAAAAAAUCAUCUUCUUUGAAUUUCCAUAUUGGAGGACUUUAUUGUUGCGUCAUAAUUUAGAUGUCAUGCACAUAGAGAAGAAUAUAUGUGACAAUGUUCUUGGGACAUUGAUGGAUAUUCCAGGAAAAACAAAAGAUAAUUUAAAUUCUCGUUUGGAUAUGGAAGAGUUAGGCAUAAAGAAAGAUUUGCAUCCUAUUAGAGAGGGAGAAAAGGUGUUGUCAUUACCUGAUGCCAUUUAUAAAUUGAAUAAUAAAGAAAGGAGGAGUUUGUGUGAAUUUUUACAAAAUGUCAAAGUACCAGAUGGAUAUUCUUCAAAUAUUAGGAGAUGUAUUAACCUAAAAGAGAAAAAGAUUUAUGGCUUAAAGACUCAUGAUUGUCAUGUUCUUCUAGAGUGCUUCCUUCCGCUUAUUUUACAGGGUCUUUUCUCAUCACAUGAUGUGCGUAGUGCAUUAAUAGGACUUUGCAUUUUUUUCAAGGAGUUGUGCUCAAAAGUUCUAACAGUGAAAAAUCUUGAAAAGAUUGAAGAACAAAUCAUCAUCAUAAUUUGCAAGUUGGAAAUGAUAUUUCCGCCUUCAUUUUUUGAUGUCAUGAUCCAUUUACCUAUCCAUUUGGCAAGUGAGGCGAAGAUUGCAGGACCGGUCCAUUAUCGAUGGAUGUACCCUAUUGAGAGAUACUUUAAUGGUAUUGAAACAAAGCAUAAUCGAGUUGGAAGAAAUUGGGAUGGUGCAAUAACUCAUGGUUAUAAAGUUGAAACAAAGGAUAAAGUACUACCGAUUUUCAAGCAAACUGGAAGACCCACAAGAAAUUGUAAAGUGACAAGAAGAUUGAGUCUAGAAGAAAUAAAGCAAUCUCAUCUUUAUAUUUUGAAGAACUGUGAUCAAGUUACUCCUUUCAUAUGGUUACAUCUUUGUAUAAAGAAAAAGAUGAACAAGUAACCCAUCAACUUUUAUGUUUAGCAAGAGGUCCAGCAAGAGAAGCCAUAUGCUAUAAAGGAUACAAAGCAAACGGUUUUAUCUUCCACACAAAAGAUUGUGAGAAUCAUAGAAAAACUCAAAGUAGUGGAGUUAUGGUAAAGCUAAAUUGUGGAAAGGAGUAUUAUGGAGUCAUUGAGGAUAUUGUGGAGUUAUCAUAUAUGAAUGAUAACAAAGUUGUAAUGUUCAAAUGCUUAUGGUGGGAUGUGGACAAUUAUGGUAGAGGAGUGAAAGUAGAUGAAUAUGAUGUCACCCUGGUAAAUAAAUAUCGCACUUUGAAGACAAAAGAAGUAUUUGUUAUGGCAUGUCAAUCUGAGCAAGUAUUCUAUGUUGAAGAUAUUUGUAACUCCAAUUGACAAUGUGUUGUAAAAGUAACUCCACGUGACUAUUUUAGCAUGCCUUUAGAAGAGGAGGAGGAGGAGGAAGUGGCUGAUGAUAUGUUUGAUGAAUAAAUAGAGUAAUAGAUAGAUUUUCUUUUUUUACUUGAAACCUUUUCUAAUAGAAAUUAAUUGCAAUUAUGUUUUUAGGAUUUUAAUGUUUCUAUUUAAUAUUUCUAUUGAAAUCCUUUUGAUGUGCUUUUGUUGGUUUUAAUAAUGAAUAUGAUUUGUUGAUUUAGCCAAAGACCUCAAAGAUUAUUAAUAGUGUUGCUGCUAGAAGAAAUAAAAGGAUUCAGAGUCUUGUAUCUAGAAGAAAUUUAGCUCCAUCAAGUCAUUUACAACAAGCUGAUUUUCUUUCUAAUAAUGAUGGAGUGCAUGGAAAAAAAGCAAGUUCAUCAAGUCACUCACAACUUAGAAGGCAAUUUGACUCCCUUUCUAAUGAUGAUGGAGUGCAUGGAAAAAAAGCAAGUUCAUCAAGUCACUCACAA